UUCACUCAUUGGCUAGCGGCGAAAUUUGAAAUGCUAAGCGGUCAAUGCAGUGGUGGCUGCGGAAGGAUGCGGACAAGCGUACGACAAGCUGGGCACUGACAAGAAAAAAGAAAAGAAAAGAAAAGGAAAUACAGCAGUGCCCUAAACACAAUCCACAGGGUUGUGGUGUCAACGUUUCUCCUGCACGUAAUCGGGUCUGGAUCUAUAGGACAUCAUGGAUACAGCUGUGCUGAGCCUCCAGGGCUUAUAUGAUAAGCUGAGGAUGCAAGUUGACCUUCUCAAUGAGAACAUUGAACCCAACUUCAUCCAGAUGGCACAGAACUUUGAUGAGUGCCGUCGCAAAUGGCUGAGGUCCCAACAGGAACUGGGCUCUUGCAAAGAGGUUCUCACCAAAACGGAGACCGAGAGGGGAGCCUUGGAGGUCAAACUCAAACAUGCUCGCAACCAAGUCGACGUGGAGAUCCGGCGCAGACAAAAGGCUGAGGCUGACUGCGAGAAGUUGGAUCGUCAAAUUCAGCUGAUCCGGGACCUGCUGACCAGUGAGGGAUCCAGUAACAGCAUCCAGCUGAGUGCAGAGCAGCGCUCAGCUCUGGCCUUCCUGAACACAAACUGCCAGGCAGGAGCAAACCUGAAUACCAGCCGAAGACUGACAAGAAUAGAUGAGUCUGCCUCCAUCUUGUCAGACAUCAGCUACGAUAAGACGGAUGACUCACUUGAUUGGGACUCCUCCACUGUGAGGACUGUUCGCCUCAAGAAACGAGAAAAAAGGCGUUCCUCAAGAAAUCAUGUCGAUGGUCCUCCACUUGCCUCUAAACGGACUCGAUCAACAGGCAAAACUUCAGAGAUGGGAAAUGAGACUCUUGUGACGAGGACCACCGUGACUGUCCCUCCCGGUGGAGGACCUGUUGAGGCAGUUUCUACCAUUGAGACUGUUCCGUACUGGACUCGCAGCAGGAGAAAGACGGCUGCCAUGGAAUGGGACUCUGAAUCUGUCAGGUCUGACGACAUCUUCAAGCCGCCCAGCAACCCCGAGGGAGAGGUAAAAAUGCCACCACCAAGCACACCGCAGAAGCAAGGGGCUGUCCGUCUUCAUGAGUUUGUCUCCAAAACGGUCAUUAAGCCUGAAUCAUGCGUACCCUGUGGAAAGAGAAUCAAGUUUGGCAAGAUUUCCCUGAAGUGUCGUGACUGCAGGGUGGUCUCCCACCCCGAGUGCCGUGAGCGUUGCCCUCUGCCGUGCAUCCCCAACCUGGGUUGCACACCAGUCAAAAUCGGAGAGGGCGUGCUUGCAGACUACGUCCACGACUCAUCACCCAUGAUUCCUCCUCUUGUAGUCCACUGUAUCAGUGAGAUCGAGCAAAGGGGGCUGCAUGAGACUGGACUGUACCGUCUGUCCGGCGCUGAUCGCACAGUGAAGGAGCUGAAGGAGAAGUUUCUCCGUGGCAAAACGGUUCCCGUCCUCAGCAAGGUGGACGAUAUCCACGCCAUCACCGGCCUCCUGAAGGACUUCCUGAGGAACCUCAAGGAGCCUCUGCUCACCUUCCACCUCAACCGUACCUUCAUGAACGCAGCAGAGGUUUUAGACGACGACAACAGCAUUGCUCUGAUGUACCAAACCGUCAGUGACCUGCCUCCGGCCAACAGAGACACUCUGGCUUUCUUGGUCCUUCACCUCCAGAGAGUUGCUCAAAGUCCGGACACUCGGAUGGACAUGUCUAACCUGGCUCGAGUGUUCGGUCCAACCAUUGUGGGCCAUGCAGUUCCAGACCCCGACCCUAUGACAAUCCUACAGGAUACCAAACGACAAGCAAAGGUGGUGGAGCGCCUGUUGUCUCUGCCGGCGGAUUACUGGAGACAGUUUGUGGCGGCAGAACACGAGCAGCCGAACUUGGACCACCUGAUCAUCGAGAACGCGAACUGCUACGCCACCCCCGAGAGAAUGAGCAUGCUGGGACCUCUGACCACUCCAGAGCAUCAGCUCAAUAAAACCCCCUCCUCCAGCUCCUUGUCUCAGCGCAUGAAGUCGUCUCUGACACCCAGAUUUGGAAGCAAGAGCAAAUCGGCCGUCGGAUUUUCUCUCCAAGGAAAAUUCUUUGCGUCUCCACUCCUCAAAUAAUCCAAAGCAGCUACACUUACACCCUUUUACUGAUUCUGCAAUAACAACAAAUACCUUUUCUUGCAUUAAUGCGUAACACAUAGCAUGGUACCGCUUCAAUAAGAGCGAUUAUUAACGCCUCCAUCUUAGUCUUCCUACUUAUAAUCGUUUUUUAAUAUUUCACACUUGUAUUUUGAUGAUUUUAUGUGUUAAAAGAAUUAUUUUUUUCAACCAAAUAGUUUUUCUAUCUAUGCACACUUGUGUGUCUUUAGAGCUGAUGCUUCUAACAUUCUCGUUUCACCUCAUAACACUUGAGAAUGUUCUGCAUAUUACUCUUUUUGAAAAAUGUGUCUCUAUAGGGGAAAAUAUGUACUGUAAUAUGCACAGUUUGGAUCUGCUUUUGCAUUGAGUCAUUUCUUUUACCAGCUCUUCAACUCAUGUGUCACUCAGAAGUUGAAGAACUGAUUCUUAGGCAUUUCAUUUCUUUAAUGUUUUCUUUUAGUUUUGAUGUUUUGAAAUUUGUUUCCAUUAGGUUUUGUCUUCAUCUCCUCCCCCAGUAAAUUGUGCAGUAAAUGUUUAUUAUCUAUUUUCCUAUAGUUGCGUCUUUUGUAAUUGGCAAGUUUUUGUUGAUUUGGCCUUUUAUCGUUUUAAAAAUCUUCCCUGUCGUCGUGUUUUCCAGUAUAUCCUGCGUGGCCAGUGAUCGUCAGGUGAUUUGUACACAGGUUUAUGUGACAGGCUGUUAUCUCUGAUCAUUUUGCUCUGACGUUUAUUGCUCUAUGUGAUAUUUGUAUUGUGGGAGGGACACUCAUAAGUAAUAUUGUGCAAAAAGGCAAUCGCGCUGAUUGGCCAGUUCAGUUGCUGUGGCAUUAUUUGAUUCACUUUCAGCACAAAUUUUGUACACAAAUACACGCUCUAAAAUGUAUGUAACUUAUAAAAUACAUUUCUUACCUUUCCAA